CCAGAGAGUUUUUAGAGAGAGAAAGAAAGAGCCGUAGCAAAAGAGCUUCUUGUAUCUUCUCGCUGCUGUAGAAGGCGAAGGUUUUCUCUGCUACUAAGCUUUCUGCAGCGGUGUUUAGAUUCCGAUCUCUUUCAAUUACCAAAGAAAAACAAUGGCUCGUUCUUUCUCCAACGCUAAGUUUCUCUCUGCUCUCGUCGUCGACGGUUUCUCUAGCACCAUCUCCAGACGUGGAUAUGCGGUGGGUUCACAAGGAGUUGCGUCGAGCGUGGUGAGAGGAGGAGGUGCUACGAAUCCCAGAAGCGUGAACAUGACGAAGAAGAAUUCCGGGGAAGAAAAGGUGGGCUCCACCUUCAAGGUCUCGUGGGUCCCCGACCCCAAAACCGGGGUUUACGGACCCGAGAACGGCGCCGAGAAGAUCGACGCCGCAGAGCUGCGCGCGGCGCUCUUGAAGAAGCACUAAUAAGAUUAAAGAUCAAAACAAAAUUCUUGUAAUUUUUCUGGUGGAAACAUACGAGGAGAAUUGUACGAGGAAUGGGCUGUCGGCGUGUUUGUGUUUGAAUUCUUCGGAGUUUAGACUUCGCCGGAAAAUAUGUAUGAUUUGUUGUAAUAGCUGGGUUCCUCCGUCCUCUGAUCCGAUUAGGGACUUAAGCGUGUAUUAAUUUAUAUUUGCAAUAAAAGGUUUAUUCAAUUCUCUAA